UAUCUCUCUAUUUAUAUAUUAUGUAUCUAUCUAUUUGCCUCUCCUCAUGUUAGUUACAAAUUCCUUUUCUUUUCUCAUUUAAAUUAAGGUAGUGAGUGGAAUAACCAAAGAAGAAGAAAGAGAUAGAAAAGCAAAACAAGAGAGAGAGAGAGAGAGACACAAACAUAAACAUAAACAUAAAACAUAAGAGGAUGAAAAACACAUCCUCUGUUUUCAUUCCAAAUUUUCAUUGAAACAUUUUUGUUUGGUAUUUUUUUUUUGCACAUGCCCAUUAUUUUUUCUACAUCUAAAUCUUCAUAUGUUCUUUUGAUUGAUGCUGGGAAGAUCCGAUGCUCUUAGAUCGAAUUUGACAAAACCCACUUCUUGUUUGAUCGAAGCAACAACUGGGUUGUGUCUGAAUUUUCAGAUAAGAUGGAAUCGGAUCUCGGAAAGCUCUUCAUUGGAGGAAUAUCUUGGGACACUGACGAGGAACGUCUCAAAGAGUAUUUUGCAACAUAUGGGGAGGUAAUUGAGGCUGUGAUCAUGCGAGAUCGCGCAACAGGACGUGCUCGUGGUUUUGGUUUUGUUGUCUUUUCUGAUCCCGCCGUUGCUGAGAGAGUCAUUAUCGAUAAGCACAUAAUUGAUGGCCGCACAGUUGAAGCAAAGAAAGCUGUUCCUAGGGACGAUCAGCAGAAUAUAAACAGACAGACUGGUAGUGUCCAAGGAUCACCUGGUCCUGGACGUACAAAGAAGAUUUUUGUUGGAGGCUUGCCAUCAACAAUCACCGAAAGCGAUUUCAAGAUGUAUUUUGAUCAGUUUGGUACAAUUACUGAUGUUGUAGUUAUGUAUGAUCACAAUACACAGAGGCCAAGAGGUUUCGGAUUCAUCACAUAUGAUUCAGAAGAAGCGGUGGACAGAGUUCUUUACAAAACUUUUCAUGAACUCAAUGGAAAGAUGGUUGAAGUCAAGAGAGCAGUUCCGAAAGAACUUUCCCCUGGUCCCACCCGUAGCCCCUUGAUAGGAUAUAACAACUAUAGUUUGAACAGUAGGGCUAGUAGCUACCUAAACAAUUAUGGUCAAGGUUAUAGUAUGAGUCCAAUAGGAGGAUUUGGAGUCAGAAUGGAUGGUAGGUUUAGUCCACUUACUGGUGGUAGAACUGGUUUUACUCCUUUUGGUAACACCGGUUAUGGAAUGGGUAUGAACUUGGAGUCAGGAUUGAGCCCAAACUUUGGAGGGAACUCUAACUUUGGGAACAAUUUAGGGUAUGGUCGGAUAUUUAGUCCUUUCUAUAGUGGAAACUCAAGCAGAUAUGCUACUCCGAUAGGCUAUAACGGAGGUAAUGGGCGAGGUGAUUCUCUUAUGAACUCGACUUCUAGGAAUGUUUGGGGAAAUGGGGGACUGAGCAAUGCUAAUAACCCGGUUAGCCCUGGUGCGUUCUUGGGAUCUGGAGGUGGAGCUUUCGGUGUUUCAAUUGGAAAUAGCGGCACUAACUGGGGUGCUGCCAUUCAGGGUCAGGGUGGAGGCGCUGCUUCUGGCUAUGCUACUGGGAAUAAUGUUUAUGAAGGUGGAGAUAGCAGCUUUGGAUUAGGGGGAGUAGGAUAUGGAAGAAACAGCAAUGCAGUUGCGAAUCCAUCCUCUACAUUUAAUGCAUCAGCUGGUGGUUAUGAUGGAUCCUAUGGUGACUUAUACCGCAGUGGCAGCGGUUCAGUUUACAAUGACUCUGCUUGGAGGUCUGCUACUUCUGAGAUAGAUGGUUCUGGCUCAUUCAGUUAUGGUCUUGGUGGUAUUGCAUCUGAUGAUCCUGUGAAGACUUCCGAGGGUUAUAUUGGAAGCUACAAUGUUGCUAGUAGACAACCUAAUAGAGGCAUCGCUGCUUAGGAGAUAUGUAAUUUGGAUAUGUAAUGGUAGCAGUAGAUCAAUGGAAAACUGGUUACAAGUAAUGAGGUAUUGUGAAUUCAUACAUCUCCAUCGCUUUGAGAGAUAUAUCAGCUCACAAGGAAAUUUGGCAUAUAAUAGCUAACGGUGUUCUUUCAUUUGAAGUAUACAUAUUCAAAAACAAACAAAGCAGUUACAAGUGAUUUUGUGUAAGGCGUGGUUUUUUCCCCGUUUUUUCGGUCCUUUUUUUCAGUUUUCAAGAUUUAGAUUACUUUCAUGGAUGUCAAUUGAGGUGUAAAAUCAUAUCGCGGGAUAGACUAAGGAAGAUUUAUUCCAUGAUAGUGUAAUAGUACAUCUCCGGCGAGGCAUGUUGCGUCGUUGCUUUAGUUUGUUUGAUGAAUGAUAGAGUAAUUGUUAAUUUUGGAAUUUCUUGUUUCUUUUAGCCAAAGGUGUUUGAUUUUGCCACCUUUUUAUUUUUAUGGUAUAUGUAAACUUUGGUCAAAAUUGUAAGUGAGAUUCAGUUUGAUUUAUAUAUCAUCAAGUGUGAUAAAACAUGAGUGGGAUUCCUAUAUAAGGUCCCCAUCAAAUAAUCAAGUUUCUAAAUAGUUUUAUUAA